GCUAGCCCGCACGCUCAGGUCACCCUGUCCCGUUUACCGGAGCAGCUCCGGGUGAAGAGGGGUGGUCAGGGUCGGAGCCUAGCGACUGAGGCUUCUGCGCCGCCUCGGGGCUUGAACCUAUCAACGCCGCCUCCGCCAAUACUCGGAGCCGACUCGUCCCCCAAUAAAAUCGGAGGCGUUCUUCCACUGGGUAGACCACGGGGUGCGGUCCAGCCCUCCAGGGAGUGCCGCGGGCUUCCGGAGCGUACCUGGUUCUUUCUGCUCGGCCACCGACAGCACAGAGUGAGGUUAAAAAUCUGUAAGAGGCUGAUUUUAGAAUUCACCAGCUCCUCAGAAGUUUGGCGAAAUAUGAGUUAUUAAGCCUACGAUCAGAUCAAGUUAGCAGCUAGACCCGUGUGACAGCCUGUUUCUAAUCAGUGACUCAGCUGUACUCACCCUGAUGCCACCGAAUGGCCACAGCUAGUAAAAGGUCACCAGGAGAACCCCAGUCUGACGACAUUGAAGCUAGCCGAAUGAAGCGAGCAGCUGCAAAGCAUCUAAUAGAACGCUACUACCACCAGUUAACUGAGGGCUGUGGAAAUGAGGCCUGCACGAAUGAGUUUUGUGCUUCCUGUCCAACUUUUCUUCGUAUGGAUAACAAUGCAGCAGCUAUUAAAGCCCUCGAGCUUUAUAAGAUUAAUGCAAAACUCUGUGAUCCUCAUCCCUCCAAGAAAGGAGCAAGCUCAGCUUACCUUGAGAACUCGAAAGGUGCCCCUAACAACUCUGAGAUAAAAAUGAACAAGAAGGAUGGAAAAGGAGCUAGAAUUGAUUUUAAAGAUGUGACUUAUCUUACUGAAGAACUGGUGUAUGAAAUUCUUGAAAUAUGUAGAGAGAGAGAGGAUUAUUCCCCUUUAAUCCGUGUUAUUGGAAGAGUUUUUUCGAGUGCUGAGGCAUUGGUACAGAGCUUUCGGAAGGUCAAACAGCACACCAAGGAAGAGCUGAAAUCUCUUCAAGGAAAGGAUGAAGACAAGGAUGAAGAUGAAAAGGAAAAAGCUGCAUGUUCUGCCGCUGCUAUGGAAGAAGAUUCGGAAGCAUCUUCCUCCAGGAUAGUUGAUAGCUCACAGGGAGACAACAAUUUACAAAAAUUAGGUCCCGAUGAUGUGUCUGUAGAUAUUGAUGCUAUUAGAAGAGUCUAUACCAGAUUGCUCUCCAAUGAAAAAAUAGAAACUGCUUUUCUUAAUGCACUUGUAUAUUUGUCACCUAAUGUAGAAUGUGACUUGACAUAUCAUAACGUAUACUCUCGUGAUCCUAAUUACCUGAAUUUGUUUAUUAUUGUAAUGGAGAAUAGGAAUCUCCACAGUCCUGAAUAUCUGGAAAUGGCAUUGCCAUUGUUUUGCAAAGCAAUGAGCAAGUUACCCCUUGCAGCCCAAGGGAAACUGAUUAGACUAUGGUCUAAAUACAGUGCAGACCAGAUUCGGAGAAUGAUGGAAACGUUUCAGCAACUUAUUACUUACAAAGUCAUAAGCAAUGAAUUUAACAGUCGAAAUCUAGUGAAUGAUGAUGAUGCUAUUGUUGCUGCUUCAAAAUGCUUAAAAAUGGUUUACUAUGCAAAUGUCGUGGGAGGGGAAGUGGACACAAAUCACAAUGAGGAAGACGAUGAAGAGCCCAUCCCUGAGUCCAGCGAAUUGACACUGCAAGAGCUUUUGGGAGAGGAAAGAAGAAACAAGAAAGGUCCUCGAGUGGACCCACUGGAAACUGAACUUGGUGUUAAAACUCUGGACUGUCGAAAGCCACUUAUCUCUUUUGAGGAGUUCAUUAAUGAACCACUGAAUGAUGUUCUAGAAAUGGAUAAAGAUUAUACUUUUUUCAAAGUAGAAACAGAGAACAAAUUUUCUUUUAUGACAUGUCCCUUCAUAUUGAAUGCUGUCACAAAAAAUUUGGGAUUAUAUUAUGACAAUAGAAUUCGUAUGUACAGUGAACGAAGAAUCACUGUUCUCUACAGCCUAGUUCAAGGACAGCAGUUGAAUCCAUAUUUGAGACUCAAAGUCAGACGUGACCAUAUCAUAGAUGAUGCACUUGUCCGGCUAGAGAUGAUUGCUAUGGAAAAUCCUGCAGACUUGAAGAAACAAUUGUAUGUGGAAUUUGAAGGAGAACAAGGAGUUGAUGAGGGUGGUGUUUCCAAAGAAUUUUUUCAGUUGGUUGUGGAGGAAAUCUUCAAUCCAGAUAUUGGUAUGUUCACAUAUGAUGAAUCUACAAAGUUAUUUUGGUUUAAUCCAUCUUCUUUUGAAACUGAGGGUCAGUUUACUCUGAUUGGCAUAGUACUGGGUCUGGCUAUUUACAAUAACUGCAUCCUGGAUGUUCAUUUCCCCAUGGUUGUAUACAGGAAGCUAAUGGGGAAAAAAGGAACUUUUCGUGACUUGGGAGACUCCCACCCAGUUUUACAUCAGAGUUUAAAAGACUUACUGGAAUAUGAAGGGAAUGUGGAAGAUGACAUGAUGAUCACUUUCCAGAUAUCGCAGACAGAUCUUUUUGGUAACCCAAUGAUGUAUAAUCUAAAGGAAAAUGGUGAUAAAAUUCCAAUUACAAACGAGAACAGGAAGGAAUUUGUCAAUCUCUAUUCUGACUACAUUCUCAAUAAAUCAGUAGAAAAACAGUUCAAGGCUUUUCGCAGAGGUUUUCAUAUGGUGACCAAUGAAUCUCCCUUGAAGUACUUGUUCAGACCAGAAGAAAUUGAAUUGCUUAUAUGUGGAAGCCGGAAUCUAGAUUUCCAGGCACUAGAAGAAACUACAGAAUAUGACGGUGGCUAUACCAGGGACUCUGUUGUGAUUAGGGAAUUCUGGGAAAUCGUUCAUUCAUUUACUGAUGAUCAGAAAAGACUCUUCUUGCAGUUUACAACGGGCACAGACAGAGCACCUGUGGGAGGACUAGGAAAAUUAAAGAUGAUUAUAGCCAAAAACGGCCCAGACACAGAAAGGUUACCUACAUCUCAUACUUGCUUUAAUGUCCUUUUACUUCCGGAAUAUUCAAGCAAAGAAAAACUUAAAGAGAGAUUGUUGAAGGCCAUCACAUAUGCCAAAGGAUUUGGCAUGCUGUAAAACAAAACAAACAAAAAAAGGAAGAAAAAAAGGAAAAUUUUAAAAUGUAGUAACUAUAACAAGAGGGGUAAAUUUGGUGGUGAUGGUGUCCCAGUACAAAAGGCUGUGAGCGUGAACACAGUGGCCAUCUGUGUCUGUGCCUCCCUUCUUUAUCGGGGACGCGUGGGCUGGAACAGCAGAUUUCAGCAGCAUAUAUGAACAAAUCCUUUAUUAUUAUUAUAAUUAUUUUUUCGCGUGAAAGUGUUACAUAUUCUUUCACUUGUAUGUACAGAGAGGUUUUUCUGAAUAUUUAUUUUAAGGGUUAAAUCACUUUUGCUUGUGUUUAUUACUGCUUGAGGUUGAGCCUUUUUGAGUAUUUAAAAUAUAUAUACCAACAAAACUACUCUCCCAAGGACAACAUUGCCGCCAUUUGUAGACCAUGUAACCUUCAAGUAUGUGCUAUUUUUUUAAAAUCCCUGUAUCUAACUCAAAUCAGGAACUUUUUUUUUUUUUUUUUAUAAACAGUUUGCUUUUUAAACUUGAAGUCUUGGAAACAGUGCGAUGCAAGUACUGCUGUUCUAGUCCCUAAAGAGUUUUCUGUGCAGAAUCUUGCGAAUCAAUAAAGAUGGAAGGGAGAACUUGGAAUAUUUUAACUGCACCUCUCAGAACUUUACUUUAGUAACAGCACAACAAUUUAAAAACAACUCAUGCCACAGUA